AGAAACCUUCAGAUACUUCUUACUCCCAAGUAAGAGGUUGUCCUCAUCCAAGUGACAGUGCCACUUACUUCUUCACCUGGGUGAAAGACCAAGGAGUUCAAAAAAUCUCAUUAGAGCUUAAAGAAACUACUGCUGUCGAGGAGCUUAGGAAAAUUGGAGAGAGCACUUGGGCCAGGAGCAGAGAUAAUCUUAUCAUGAGUAGAUACCAACCUGGCCCACAGAAGUCAGGAUCUUCAUCUGAACUACUACUACCUGACAGCCAUAAAGAGUCAAUAAUUCAUCCAAGUCCCAGGAAAAUUCGUGACGUCCAUCAGCAUGUCUUUGUUCUUCAAGAGAGAACCCUUAUUGCAGUUCCUGAGGAUGAAAAUGUGACUCCAAUCAUACUGGAGACUGUGUCAAUCCUAGAUGAGUCUCUUGAGAAAGGCAAAGGCAAUGCUCUUUACCUGGGGAUAGGAGAACAAAAUCCGCACCUGUGCCUGUGUUGUGUAGCCGAUGAAGGUCAGCCCACCCUGAAGCUGGAGGAGAAGGACAUAAUGGAUUUACCUCGUACUGAGAAUGCAGUGAAGAGUUAUGUAUUUUACCAUAAUCAAAGUAGCAACAACAUUUCUACUUUUGAGUCAGCUGCUUUUCCUGGCUGGUUCAUCUGCUCCUCAGAGGAGCAGAGAAAACCUAUCAAUAUUACCAAUGAUGUGGGAAAAAAUAAUAUAUCUUUCUUUUUAGACUUCUAGCUGCUUGCACAGUAUUUCACAUCCUCCAAAACACACAUUUCAUCAUAUUGUUCAAGAAGACACAGACCACUAAAGAAAUAAAAGAAAAUGAAAAUGGUCUUUGGUCUGCAUUUAAACUCCUUCAGGUUUUUCUCUGAUCAUGGAUAGCAUUUUAAAACAUAGGUCCUUUGGAGUUGUCUUAGAUAAUUAUAUUGCCGAUAAUUGCUAUAAUUCAUAGUUGAUUAUCAUACAAUACUCUUGUUACUGUAUUUGGUUCUGCCCAUUUCACUUGCCAUCACUUCAUACAAAUCUUUUCAGGGUUUUCUGAAAUCAUCUUGUUCAUUUUCUAUAAUAUAAUAGUAUUCUAUUAUAAUCAUAUGCUACCCUCCCCAAUUGAUGGAAUAUCCCUUCAGUUUCCAAUUAUUUGCCACCACAAAAGUGUUUCUCUGAAUAUUUUUGAACAGAUAAGUUCUUUUCCUUUUAUUAAAAAAAAAUCUCUUUGAAGAGAAUUAGUGUUGGUAUCAAAGGUUUACAUAAUUUUAUAGCCCUUUUGGCAUGGUUCCAAUUGCCCUCCAGAAUUAUCAUAUCAGGUCACAACUCCACCAACAGUGCGUUGAUAUCCCAUUUCCCCCACAUUCCCUUCAUCUUUUAUCAAUUUCCUUUUCUGUCAUAUUUGCCAAUUUGAUAGAUGUGAGGUGGUACCUCAAAAUUGUUUUAACUAGCAUUUCUCUAGUCCAGUAGUGAUUUGGAACACUUUGUCAUAUAACUUUUCUUUCUUCAUCUGAAAACUGCCUGUUCAUAUUAUUUGAUCAUUUAUUAAUUGGGAAAUGACUCAGACUUUUCUUAGAAAUUUAACUCAUCUCUCUAUGUUUCGGAAAUGAGGCCUUUGUCAGAGACACUUCCUGUAAAAUUUUUUUUCUGUUUUCUACCUUCCUUCAAGUCUUGGUUGCAUUGAUUUUGUUUGUGCAAAACCCUUUAAAUUUAAUGUAAUUGAAAUGAUAAAUUUUAUAUCCUGUAGUGCUCUCUAUCUCUUGUUUGCAUUAUAUCCAUAGAUUUGACAAAUAAACUGUUCUAUACUUCC